GCCUCUGAGCACUUCAGCUUCUAAUGGUUCUCGGAACAUCAAGAACCGUAAUUCAAAAAGGUGUUGCACCAAAUCGGAUUAUGCGCUUUUGUUCCUCAACUCUGAUCAGUCUUCACAUGAGAAAUAUAACAAAAGAAACAGAGAACAAGUAGAUUAAUAAACAAACUUAUCACUAAAAACGGGGCUUUGAUGUCUUUGUCCAGCAUCAAGGCAUUGUUCCAGUACAGUUUAGGUUUUCAUGAACGAUGCAAAAUUCUUAGCUAUAAGACCACGAUCUGAUUCCCGUCUUUCCGUCAAGCCACAGACCUCAGUUUUUAUCACCCAACGAACAAAUAUCAGUAGAAUAGUCUUCAUAAAACAUUCAUCAAAACGUCUAGCACUACAGAAGCAAUUAUGCAAGAACCGCAACCGCAACAGGUUGACGAGGUGACCGAGAAAUUGGAAGCCCUCACCCUCGGAAAUGAUAGCGGCGAGGCCCGCAAUAAGUCUGAAGUCUCUAACAGCUCAAGUGAGCCCACCCUUCCGCCAAUUCAUAGCAAGUCCACUAUUCCUGGGUACAAUGUACAAGAGCCAACAAUGCAGGGACCGCAACCAAUAGACGUAGAUGAGCUUACCAAACGACUCGAUGAUUUGAGACUAGAACAAGAUCGUGGGGAAGACCGAGGAGAGGAUGCCGACGUUGGUGAUGUGAUCGAAGCUCAAGAAAUCGUAGACCGAAUCCGUGCUCAUCCUCGCCGUAGAAAACUUGGUCAGCGGGUGCAGACCUUAAUGAUGAAGUUUGAGAAUGAUGAAAAAUGAGCUUCGGAGCAUGAGAUGACAAAGCGUUGGCGCCGAGUUAGGUUAAAUGUUCUGUCGCGGACUCAAGCGAGAAAAUUCGCCUUUCAUCCAAGUAUUCCAACAUUAGAUUGAAGUUCCGACUUUAAACAAUACUAUCAUGAAUACAAUCUCUCAAGUGAGAGAUUUACAUCAGGAUAAGUCAUUCGCUUAAAACCCCGCUCAUAAAUCCCUUGGAACUUUUCUUCAUUACAAUAGUAGAUCAGUCUCUUCUUUAAUAAUUAACUAUAUUCUCUUUUA